CUUUGAUUUUUCUUUUGUAUGGCAUCAACUCUUCUUUUAAAGGAUGCCUCUGCCAUCUUCUCUCCACGCACUCACUGGGUGGAGAACAAGCACUGCCAUGUACCCAUCUAUCCCAAUGCGUCCCUCCGACAGAGCGUCACAUUCAAAGCCCCUCUUCUCAUUUGACCUGGCCAUUCCCCCCAAUGAUGAAGACUACAUAGACAUGGAUCUCAACUCCGCCACCUUCCUCUGUUACUCCUUCAACUCCUCCCCAGAGUUUGAAUUCAACAUGUCCCUCCAAGAAAAGGACUCACUCACCUCACCUGCUGAUGAGCUGUUCUACAAGGGGAAGCUCCUGCCCCUCCACCUCCCUCCAAGGAUCCAAAUGCUCCAGAAGCUCCUGCAGGCCUGCGGUGAAGAGAAGGCCUCCCCACUCUCUUCUGCAGGGGCCACCCCGUUCGAGUCCUGUGAUGUGACUCCUCCUCAGUCUUGCCAAGUCAGUGGGGAGUUGAACCCAGACGAGUAUUUUGAUGACUGCUACUUGAAUAAUGGUGACAGCCUUGACGUUGGGAGUGAUGGAAAUUCUUCUUCAUCGUCUAUCAAAAAAGCAUGGAUCAAGAGGCUCAGGUUGAUCAAGCAGUCGACUUUGGGCUUGAAACUGAAAGCUUCAAGAGCCUACUUUAGGUCUCUCUUUGGCAAGCCUGGUAAUAGAGCAUACGCUGCUUCUUUCAAAAACAGUGAGGACCCUUCUACGAAGGAAGAGCACCUGCAUGCUGAUCGGAGUUCUGUAGCAAAGGUGAACGAUUACUUGAAGAGCAGGUACACCAAGUUGGGCAAGAGUAGUGACCCUUAUGAGAAGAUAUUCUGGGAGAGCAGCAAGGCCUUAGCGGUUGAAGAAACUGGGCAUAGAAGGUCAUUUUCAGGUGCCAUUAAGAGCACGUCAAGCUGUGCUUCUAAGCCACAGUCUUCUUCCUCUUGUUCAUUGGUGUCCACAUCUGGGGAUCCAAGCGGGAAUGAUGGUCAGCACUUGCUGAAGAGGAGCAGCAGUGUCAAUUCUGAUGUUGAGAGCUCCAUCCAGGGAGCCAUUGCUUACUGCAAAGAGUCUCAGUUGUGUCCAAGGAAGAGUACGAGCGAGGUGGGGUUCUUUACUCUGACUGCUGCUUCAAGACUGGCAGCACGUGAAACUGAAGAGAGGCCUGGACUUUGCAGAGGGUGAAACUUUCCUGUAAAAAUGUAAAUGGAAACUAGCGGAGCAUGAAUCGUUUCUUGAAAGGCUCUGAGGUUUCUUUGUUUGUUUUUCCCUUCUUCCCCCUUUCUUUCUCCUCACAAGCAUAUGCAUAUGUGUGUGUGGCAGAGUGAGAGAGAGAGUUUUACUGAGGUUAAAAUAGACAGAGGGUCUGGUGUAUAACUUCUU